UACGCGGUGACGGCGGCCGGCAGGAGAGACAAGGGGGGGCGGCGGCGGCGAUAGCGGCUGAGGGGGAUGGCGGAUCAUACACGCGCUUCUAAUGAAGAUCCUCUGAUUAACUAAAUUCAACAGUUGGAUCUCCAGAUACCAAAACUGGGGGAGAGUACUUCUGGAAUCAACAUGUAGCAGAUGGCUACUGCACCACCAAACUUGCUGCUUCAAGCCAAGGCUUUUGUCUCUUGAAACUCCAUGUAUGGUCAGCAGUGAAUGAAACAUUUUAGGGAACCUUGUUUCUUGGAUGCUGACUGAGCUUUGUUAACUAAGGUUUAAAUUAGAUUUAACGUGCUGUUGGUUAAACUGAGAAACCAUGAGUAGUAAUCUUGGAAAAGAAAAAGAUUGUAAGGAAAAAGACCCCAAAGUGUCUUCGGCAAAGGAGAGAGAGAAAGAAGCUAAGGCCACGGGUGGAUUUGGGAAAGAAAGCAAAGAGAGGGAGCCUAAAACCAAAGGGAAAGAAGCCAAAGAUGGGAAGAAGGACUCCAGCAGUGUGCAGCCGGGUGUGGCUUUUUCAGUGGACAAUACAAUAAAGCGACCUAAUCCAGCACCAGGCGCACGCAAAAAAUCCAGCAAUGCUGAGGUGAUCAAAGAGCUAAACAAAUGCCGGGAAGAAAAUUCAGUGCGCUUGGACUUGGCUAAACGAUCUAUACACCUUCUCCCAUCGUCUGUAAAAGAGUUAACACAGUUAACAGAACUUUAUUUAUAUGGUAACAAACUGCAGUCACUACCAGCUGAGGUGGGCUGUCUUGUGAAUCUGGUGACACUGGCCCUGAGUGAAAACUCUCUUACCAGCCUGCCUGACUCUCUUGAUAACUUGAAGCAACUCCGUAUGCUCGAUCUGCGGCAUAACAAACUUAGAGAAAUUCCUCCAGUGGUGUACAGGCUAACUUCCCUUACCACACUUUAUCUGCGCUUUAAUCGUAUCACAGCUGUGGAAAAGGAUAUCAAGAACUUGUUAAUACUCACCAUGCUUAGUAUACGGGAGAACAAAAUCAAGCACCUGCCUGCAGAAGUUGGUGAGUUGUGUAACCUCAUAACGCUGGAUGUAGCACACAAUCAGCUUGAACAUCUUCCAAAGGAGAUUGGAAAUUGCACACAGAUCACUAAACUUGACCUACAGCACAAUGAACUCUUGGACCUUCCAGACAGUAUAGGAAAUCUGUCAAGCCUGAAAAGUCUUGGUUUGAGGUAUAACCGGCUUUCAGCAAUACCCCGGUCUCUAGCACAGUGCAGCAAACUUGAUGAGCUGAAUUUGGAGAACAACAAUAUUUCUACAUUACCAGAGGGUCUCUUAUCCAGUCUUGUCAAUCUGACUAGUCUGACUCUGGCAAGAAACUGUUUCCAAUCAUAUCCAGUUGGUGGUCCUUCCCAAUUUUCUACCAUCUAUGCUCUCAACAUGGAGCACAACCGCAUCAAUAAAAUCCCAUUUGGAAUUUUCUCUAGAGCAAAAGUAUUAAGCAAGCUGAACAUGAAGGACAAUCAGCUGACUUCCCUUCCUCUAGACUUUGGGACAUGGACCAGCAUGGUAGAACUUAACUUAGCUACAAAUCAGCUCAACAAGAUUCCUGAGGAUGUGUCUGGACUGGUUUCUUUAGAGGUUCUUAUUUUAUCAAACAAUCUUUUAAGGAAUCUUCCGCAUGGCAUUGGGAACCUGAGGAAACUAAGAGAACUGGAUCUGGAGGAAAACAAGCUUGAAUCCUUGCCAAAUGAAAUAGCAUACCUUAGGGAUCUACAGAGACUGAUCCUAACAAAUAACCAGUUGAGCACCCUUCCUAGAGGAAUUGGACACCUCAUCAACCUGACACAUCUUGGAUUGGGGGAGAACUUUCUUACACAACUUCCUGAGGAAAUUGGUACACUGGAGAAUCUGGAAGAACUGUAUCUGAAUGACAACCCUCACCUGAACAGCCUUCCUUUUGAACUGGCCCUCUGCAGUAAACUGUCUAUAAUGAGCAUUGAGAACUGUCCACUCAAUACCCUUCCAGCUCAGAUUGUUGCAGGGGGACCUUCCUUUAUCAUCCAGUUCCUCAAAAUGCAGGGACCUUAUCGUGCCAUGGUCUGAUGGAUAGCUAUCCUGAAGGUGUACAAAAUAUAAAUGGUAUUGAGGGUGUUAUUGUGUGUGU